AUGGUUGCUCUGUGUAUUCGUGAACGAACCCCCACAGAAAAGGUGGAUAUCGCCUCGCUUCUGCAGUCUCAAGAUGAGGAGGAAGAAAAGAAGGAUAUAAAUGCCAGGCAGGUGAUAACAGAUCCUGCAUUCGCACAACUCCGGACGCAAAAAAAUUCCAGGUCUCCUCGCGCGGGGAUAGUCACAGAAGCGGAAGUGACAUCGUUACCUGAUCCUCAGAUCUUAUCAUCCACAAGACCAGCAAAACGGCUACAGCCUGCGCCAUCCUUUGAAAUUCCUGCCAAAAAGCAAUCGAAAUGGUCGGCUGAAGAAGAUGCUCUAAUAAUAGAGCUUCGAGGCAACGGGUUAAAGUGGGAGGAUAUCAGCAAAAAGUUACCUGGCAGAAGCGCCCUUAGCUGUCGGCUCCAUUACCAAAAUUACCUUGAACGACGGAGUGAGUGGGAUGAGGACCGUAAGAAUAAACUGGCUAGGCUAUACGAAAGAUUCAAAGCAGAUAUGUGGUCCAAGAUAGCAGCAGAAAUGUUCGUUCCUUGGAGAGCAGCUGAAGCUAUGCACUGGCAGCUAGGAGAGCACGAGAUGGCGAGACGAGCUGGUGUAUUGCCGUUUCUACUUACUCAUCCAACAACGGAGCCUCCUCCCAAGGUGCGCAGAAUAAACACAGCAGCAUCCAGACCGAGGCGAGACUCAGCAAUACGAGGCUCAGGUCAGCAGCUUCCUUCUGUUGCUGAGUUGACUGCAGGCGUUCCCGCGUACGCAUCAAGCCAGCCGCGUGAGCUUUAUUCAAAGUCAAAAUCUCCAAAGUCGCCUUCAGAGCACAAGGUUGGCCACCCCGGAACUCGCUCAGGCGCAGGAGUUCGCUCUAAGAAAUGA